CCUCCGCCUCCGGUCUCCCCUCUCCUCACACGCUCCGGCUCCGACGGACGAUUCCCACCCAGUAAUGGCGAUGGAUUUGGACGAGCCGCUCGACGCGGAGAAGGGCGAGGCGGCGCUGCGGCGGCUGCGCGACGCCGACCCGGCCCUCUACCUCUCCCCCUCCGCCGACCUCGCCGCCGCCGCCCGUGAGGCCUCCAAGCACCUCUACGCCUCGCUCGUCCCCUUCUCCCCCGCGCAGCCGCCCCCGCUCUCCAACCUCCUCGCAGGCCCCGCCUUCGACGCCGAGCAGAUUUGGUCCCAGAUUGAGCUGCUCUCCCGCCCCCUCAUCCCCCACCUGCGCCGCCAGCUCCGCCGCCUCGAGAAGCAACCCCCGUCUCAGCCGCCGCCUCGUACGGAAUCGAAGUCCGCUGAUGCCGAAGAGAAGUCAGAGGAGGAGGACGAGGAGGAUGGUGAAGGUGACGAAGAAUUGGAGGAGUUGGACGAUGUAGAUGAUGAAGAGGAGUCAGAGGAGGAGGAAGAGGAAGAGGAAGAAGACAAAGAAGGAUUGGAGGAUAAAGCAGGGAAUCAAGUGGAGGACGAGUUCUUCAAGAUAAAGGAUCUCGAUAAGUUCAUGGUAAAGGGGGAGGAGGCGGAAUAUGGUGGGGGUGCCAAGCAAGGGAAGAAGAAGAAGAAAACAGAGAACUGGAUGGAAGAAGAUAGUGAUGAGGAGGAAGAGGAGGACCUUGAUGAGGAUGAGGACAAUGAGGAUGAAGAAGAUGACGAUGAACACUUGGACUUGGAAGACUUUGACGAUGAAGAAGAAGAAGAAGAGGGUGCAGUUGGAGAUAUAAUGUAUAAGGAUUUUUUUGAGGAAGCUGAUGACCAAAAAGUAAGGAAGAAAGGUGGCUCCAAGAAAGUUCAAUUCAAGGAUGAACCAGAUGAACCAGAAGUUGAUGACAAAAAUGAUGAUGGAAAUGAUGAACAGGGUUUGUCAACUCACGAGAAGGCGCGCCUGAAGAUGCAUGCUAAAAUAGAGGAAAUGGAGAAAGCUAAUCUUGAACCUAGUAUGUGGACCAUGCAGGGAGAGGUUAAUGCUUCCAGCAGACCCAAAAACAGUGCUCUAGAAGUGGACCUUGAUUUUGAGCACAAUGUAAGACCUGCCCCAGUAAUCACUGAGGAAGUCACUGCUUCUCUUGAAGAGAUGAUAAAGAAAAGAAUAAUAGAGGGUCAUUUUGACGAUGUUGAAAAGCCUUCUCCCUUGCAAUUUAAAUCCCCAAAGGAACAAAAGGAUCUGGACGAAAGUAAGAGCAAGAAGGGUCUUGCUGAACUAUAUGAGGACGAUUAUGCGCAAAAGGCUGGCCUUGCACCUGCACCACUUUCUAUUUCAGAUGAACUUAAGAACGAGGCAAAUACCUUAUUUAAGAGAAUAUGCUUGAAGUUGGAUGCACUAUCUCAUUUCCACUUUGCUCCAAAGCCGGUCAUUGAAGAUAUGUCUAUACAAGCAAAUGUACCAGCUCUAGCAAUGGAGGAGAUUGCACCUGUAGCUGUUUCAGAUGCUGCAAUGCUUGCUCCUGAAGAAAUUUUUGAAGGAAAAGGUGAUGUUAAAGAAGAAGCAGAACUUACACAAGCUGAGCGCAGAAGAAGAAGAGCUAACAAGAAAAGGAGAUAUGCAGGAUCGCAUAAGGAGAGGCCAGCCAAGAUGCAGAAAGAUUAACUCAAUACUGGGGAAACGCUUACAUUAUGAACAAGUAGUCAGCCAUUUUUACUGUUCAGCAUUACCUCCUGACCCAAGGAUCCAUUCAUGAUGAGUAUUGUGCAAAUGGCAACGCAGCAUUGACAGACAUGGAGGCAGAGAGCAGGCUAGGAAAGGUAGGGUGAAGGGUUGGGCUCCAAUGCUUUUGAUCACAGGAUCUGUACUCUGGUGGCACAACAGACAGACAGCUGUUCCAGGUCAAAGACCCUGACGUAACCCAUCUCCCGUCCCACAAGAAAAGGCGAGCGAACGUAUUGGAAUGUGGGAUGGGUAAAAGAAAUCUUUUGUUUCUUGUUACACUAGUCGUAGUAGUAGUGUAGUAAUGCAAUUUUACAAUAUCAUUUUUUACACUAUAGAGUAUCAAUGGAGUGCAUGUAUUCAGAGGCAUAUGUUCUGUUUUUGAUACGUUAGGGCAUUGGUUUGCAGAUGUCUGAAAUUUGCGUGCGGUGUAUUAGUAUCAUUUUGAUCCUUUGCUUUUUUUGCCACAUUGAGGGAUUAGAUUGAUCUAAUAAAGGUGAUGCAGCUAUAGACUAUA